GUAUAUAAAGUUAAUACCAAUGUGCAAUGCUUUUUACAUUGUUUUUAGCGGUCCAUGACGUCACAUCGUAGCGCUCCACCGCGGAAAAAUUGAAAAAUUGCGGUCUAUACGUCACUCGCGUUGCCAAUCGCCCGCUCCGCUUCCACCUUUUGGCGUGAGUUAUGCUUAAAAACUUUUGCGCAGUGUAAAGAUAUUUAAUAAUGGUACCAUAAAUUAGUGAAGUUUAAUUUCGCGUAUACAAAAAACAAAAAGGAAAACGGAAAAUCAUCGAGGAAAAUAACACGAAAUGCUAAACGAUUGAUUUGUAAACAAAUGUUAUGAUUUCCUUUUAAGACAAUCACAAUUUCCGCUCAGAUGCAAAAAGAAAUUGCAAUCAAGACCGUAAAAGGGCCAUAAAUCUAGGCAGUAAAAUCGGCAUUGCAAUCUUGAGAAAAAUCACAACAAAAACCAAAAUAAAGAAAAGACGCCGCAGCUUCCUCGCAAUUGUUUUGUUGUUGUUUCGGGUUUCGUCGUGUCUGUGUGUGCCUUGCUGAGUGUGUGUGUGUGUGGCAACAAAGUCAAAGUCGUCGAAGCUGCUGCGAAAAACGAAAAAAAACGUGAAAUGCAAAUUGGAAAAUACAAAAUUGCAAAAGAAAUAACAACAAUAACCGCAAUCACAACGCAACAAUAACAAAACGGUCUCGCGUGUGUUGAAAAAUUGCAUUGCAAACUAGCGGAACAACAAUAACAACAAAGAGCAAGAAACAAGAAAAUUGCGCGCCAAAAGCCAAAGAAACAAAAGGAUUGCACACAUAAACAAAAACGAAAACAACAACAACAAAGCAGAAGCAGCUGAGCGAGAGGGACAGAGACAGGAGAGACAAGAAAAAAUCAAAACAUCGAGAGGCUGAAAUUCCUGUUUAUCUACCACCACCGCCCGCUCCCACGCACAGCCAGCCGAGCAGGACGACACUUGAGGCAUUCGUGAUACAGCAUUCAGGCAGAGUCAGGCGGAGGUUGAGAACGCGACCGGAACGAUGAUGUCCAUGACCAGCUCCCCACCGGCCACGCCCACCGGGGUUCAGACGGACCAAGAUGGCCUCAUUCUGCCCAAGAAGCUCAUUAAUCCCUGCAUGGAAAAUACCGAUCGCAAGGAGUUGCAUCGGGAGCUCAAGUUCAAUGCCAGAAUUGGCAAAAGCGUGCUUAACCAAAAGUCGGAACUGCAACGGGCCUACGACAAGCAGAAGGAGCGACACGCGGCCGCCGAGCAGCACUCACCGGAUGCGGAAAUUGUUGGCGGAAUUCCGGGCCUAAAAGGAGAGCUCGGUCGUGUGAUUAUGGAGCGGGCGCAAAAGCACGAGGCGGCGGCCCAGAAGCAGGAUCAGGAGGAUGCCGAGGAGCGGCAGUACGUGAAUCCCGAGUAUCUGAACGUGCGGGCCAAGCUCCGCACGGCGCACGCCAACAAUUAAGGAGCCACCGCUCCUCGGAUACCUGGAUGGAUGAUGCCCAGUCCUCAGCUUGAUUAAUGAUUAAUGUUUAAUUUUAUUAAGGAGACCUAAAACCAAAUUGUGUGCGUUGACGGAGCUAUAUGUGUUUUAUGUGUUAAUAACUCGUGAGCGGUUUUCAUUUUGAUAUUAUGCAAAACUAGUUGGUUAUUAUAGUUUAACGUUUAACUUUUAGACUAAGCCAUUUACCUGUUUAGUUCGUUAGCUCUAGUUACUAAUCUAAGGUACAGUUUAUUUGCGCUAAUUUUCGUUGUGUAUAAAACCGUGUGUAUAAAGUUUUAGUUUCUAGACGGCGGACCCCGUUCUUCCACAAACAAAGAGAAACGAAACAUUAAGGAAUAUUAUGAAUCUAGUGUAGUUAUCUAUAUGUAUAUCCCUAAAAUAGAGUGACCGAGGUAAUGCUGUAAACAGGGCAAUGUGUUAGAGAGUAAGACAGAGAGACAGACAGACAGAACUUGGAGGGAAGAUAUUGGAUCUAUAUAUAUAUAUAUUGAACAACUAUUUUAUGUCAAAGCAAAGAAAUUUGAACAGAUUACAAAACUAUAUACAACAUAUAUCUAUAUACAAAUUUAGUUUCUGGAAUUAAUAAAUUUUAUUGUAGACAAAGAGUUAUCAAAACCGAAUAAAUACUUUUUAUUUCA